GGCUGGUGCUGUACUGUAGUUCCGAUCUGCAGCCGGUGUGGGGGCGGGGGGCACCCGCAGGCGCACGCGCACUUGGAGUGCCCCACACCCCUUCCCUCUUUGGACCUUCCCGCUUCCCGCUUCCCGCUUCCCCCUGCCGCCCGGGACGCGGGCUUGGUGAGGCGUUUCCCCGGUGUCUAGGCCUGCGCACAGGCGGGAGGCAGACUCAUCCACCUUUAGCAGUUUGUUUAGUAAAACAUGAGGACCUUUUUAAGGCAGUCGUUUGGAGAACAGCUGUUUAUAUGACAGUAUUUCCAUUUGCUGUUAUUAAUUUAAGGUCAUUCGAUUGGCGUUUAUACUGCUCCAAAAUCAACUUUUUCUCCAAAUUUCAGUUUUCUGGGCAAAAUUUACGUGAGAUGGAAGAUUUUCGAGGGAUAGCAGAAGAAUCAUUUCCAAGCUUUCUAACCAAUUCGUUAUUUGGUAACAGUGGGAUUUUGGAAAAUGUCACUCUUUCUUCAAAUCUUGGCUUGCCUGUUGCUGUUUCCACACUUGCUAGGAAUAGAUCCAGCACUGAAAACAGAUAUCCUGAUAUCCAGGCAUCUUACUUAGUAGAAGGGAGAUUUUCAGUUCCAUCUGGGUCAUCUCCCAGAAACCAGAGUGACAUUGAACCAAUAGAGAGGGUACAGCUUAGCUUCCAGGAUGAUGAGAAAAAGAGCUAUGUGGAAAGUCAACAUUUGUCAAAUGCUUUCAGGAAACAGUCAGCUUUCCAAAUGGAGACAGUAGGACCAGAAGAGGAGCCAGGCGGAGCUACAGAAUCUUUGCAGGACCAAGACCUCUUUGACAGAGCAUCACCAUUGGAACAAGCACAAGACUCACCUAUUGAUUUUCAUUUACAGUCAUGGAUGAAUAAUAAGCAACCCAAGAUUAUUGUGCUUGAUACUGGAAAACAUUUUGAAGACAAGACUCUAAACAGUGACCUAAGCCACACUAGUUUAUUAGAAAAUGAGAAACUUAUGCUACCGACAAGCUUGGAAGAUUCUUCUGAUGAUGAUAUUGAUGAUGAAAUGUUUUAUGAUGAUCAUUUGGAGGCUUAUUUUGAGCAACUGGCAAUUCCAGGAAUGAUGUAUGAAGACCUAGAAGGACCAGAACCUCCAGAAAAAGGCUUUAAGUUACCGACAAGUGAUCUUAGUGAGGCAAAUGGAAACAGUAGCUUAAACUGCAAGUUUCAAUCAGAAAAUAACAGCUCUCUGAUUUCCCGUGGCUCACACUCUUCUGAAACAACUUACAAAGAGUCUCAGGAAGGUCAAAUUAUUUGUCUACCUGGGACUAGUAAUUCUGUAGGUACUGGAGGUACUAGAAGGCACACAGAUGGUAUGUUACCAUUUUCCUGUGAUACUUGGAGAAUUGAGAAAGAAAUGGAAAAUUUGAACAAUAUUGUUCCAGAUCUUAGCAGCGAAAGUACAAGAAAAGAUGUUCUGGUGAAGACCCUCAGGGCUACUGAUGUGAAACUUAACUCUGAUAAUUUUCAUGAUGCAAGUGCAGAUGGUGGAUUUGACCCAACUGACCCUGUAAAACAGGAGGCAGAGUGUCCUCAUCAAAAUAAGAUAGUUUUGCACAUGGAUGGAUGUUUAGACACUGAGACGCCUAAAGUGUCCAUUCAAGAAAAUGUGGAUAUAGCGUCUUUGAAACCUAUUAGUGACAGUGGAAUUAAUUUCACUGAUGCCGUUUGGUCACCAACUUCUGAAAGGCAAACAUGUGAAUGUCAUGAGUCCAUUGAAAAGAAUAAAGACAAAAGAGAACUCCCACAGAGUGUGGUCUAUCAAAAUGAAGAGGGUAGGUGGGUGACGGACCUUGCCUAUUACACAUCUUUUAAUAGCAAACAAAAUUUAAAUAUGUCUCUAAGUGAUGAGAUGAAUGAAGACUUCAGAUCUGGUUCUGAAGCAUAUGAUUUGAUUGCACAAGAUGAAGAAGAAUUUAAUAAAGAGCAUCAAUUUAUGCAGGAAGAAAACAUAGAUGCUCAUAACACUUCGGUUGCACUGGGUGAUACGUCCUGGGGAGCUACAAUUAAUUACAGUCUGUUGAGGAAAUCACAUAGCACAUCAGAUUUGGAUAAAGAUGAUGCCAGUUAUUUACGUCUAUCUUUAGGAGAGUUCUUUGCUCAAAGAUCUGAAGCUCUUGGUUGCCUUGGUGGUGGUAACAAUGUAAAAAGACCAUCAUUUGGCUAUUUUAUUAGAUCACCAGAGAAGAGAGAACCUGUUGCCUUAAUAAGAAAGUCUGAUGUAUCGAGAAGUAAUUCAGAAAAAGAAAUUGCUCAUCUUAACCAUGAUAUGUAUUCAGUAGAUUUAAAUGAACAGUCCGAGGCACGGCUAAGUGAAGGAUCAAUUACACUUCAGGUUGAAGCUGUGGAGAGUACUUCACAAGUGGAUGAGAAGGAUGUGACAUUAACAGCUGAUAAAGGCGAGACAGAGGACACUUCCUUCAUGAGCAACAAACCCCAAAGAUACAAAGACAAGCUACCAGAUAGUGAUUCUAUGCUUAGGAUCAGCACUAUUGCUUCAGCCAUCGCAGAGGCAUCAGUUAAUACUGAUCCUUCCCAACUUGUUGCUAUGAUCAAGGCACUUUCAAAUAAAACCAGAGACAAGACUUUUCAGGAACAUGAGAAACAAAAGGAUGGUUCUCAUGUGUGUCACUUCUUACUUAAUGAUUUAGAAAAAAGUAAUGGAUCCAGUGCAUUUGAUAUGGAGAAAUACCUUAGAAAAACAGAAAUUAGUAGAUAUGAAAGUGGAUUGGAAAACUUUUCAAGGGCUGGUAUAUCUGAUGUUUGGGAUUUAUCUUUGCCCAAAGAACAAACUGCUCAAGAUAUUCAUACAGUGGACGUAAGUGCUACUAGUAUAAGUGUGAGGGAACCAGAAGAAAACACAGCAGCUAUUGUUCAUGUUGAAAAUGGGGAGAGUGAGAAUCAAGAGUCAUUUAAAACUAUAAACUCUUCAAAUUCACUUACAAAUAUGAGAGAGAAUGGCAAUGCAAUACUUGAUGUGAAGACAUGUUCCAUUGACAACAAAUUAGCAGAUGUUGGUAACAGUGAAAAAGCCACCUCAAUUUCUACUCCAUCUGAUAGUUAUUCAUCAGUGAAGAACCCCAGGAUAACAUCCCUUUGUCUGUUAAAAGACUGUGAAGAAAUAGGAGAUAAUAGAGAAAAUCAGAGGCAGAAUGAGUGUGUCAGUGAAACAAGCAACAGUGAAAAGCAUGUGACUUUUGAAAACCAUUGCAUAGUCUCACCUAAAAAUAAUGAUUUGAAAAAGACCUCUCCUGAGCAUGGUGGACGUGGCUCAGCGGAUGAGCAGGAGAGCUUCAGACCUUCCACAUCACCACUGAGUCAUUCUUCUCCUAGUGAAAUAUCCGGAACAAGUUCAUCAGGGUGCGCGUUAGAGUCCUUUGGUUCAGCAGCUCAGCAGCAGCAGCCUCCCUGUGAGCGGGAAUUGUCUCUCUUGGCGUGCUCGCCUGCUGGGGUGAGCAGGCUGACGUAUGUGUCUGAACCAGAGAGCUCCUAUCCUACCACAACCACAGAUGGUGGCCUGGAGGACUGCAAGAGUGAUAUCACCAGCAAGUUGAGCACCACAAUUAUUCAAGCCAGUCCAGCCCCACUGGAGGAACGGGAUAUGGAAAAAUUCAGAGAAAAUGUUCCAUUUCAGAAUAGAGUUGUUAUCCAGAGCAACUCUAAUACUAGAAAAGCAACUGAAACUACUUCUCUGAGUAGCAAGCCUGAAUAUGUGAAACCUGACUUUAGAUGGAGUAAAGAUCCUUCCUCCAAAAGUGGAAAUCUGUUGGAAACCAGUGAGGUAGAUUUGACAUCAAACCCUGAGGAAUUGGACCCCAUCAGGCUGGCUCUCGUGGGCAAGUCAGGUCUGAGCUGUCAGGUGGGGUCAUCCACAUCGCACCCUGUGUCCUGUCAGGAGCCUGUAGAUGAUGAUCGAAGAAUAAUUUCUAAAGAUAUGUCAACUGCUGGCCAUGAGUUCAGUGGCCAGGUUUCUCAUCAGACCACCUCUGAAAACCAGUGCACUCCUAUUCCCAGAAGCACAGUUCAUGGCUCUGUGACUGACAUGCAGAACAUGCCUGCUACUCUGCACGCACUCUUGACGCAACCCUCUCUCAGCACAGCUCCCUUCGCUCAGCAGUAUUUGGCAACACUCCCUUCAGCUGGAAGCGCCACCUUGCCUCAGUGCCAUGCUGGCAGUGCCACAGUCUGUGGCUUCUCAGGAGGCGUUCCCUAUCCAGCUGUUGCAGGAGAGCCUGUGCAGAACUCUGUGGCUAUGGGAAUUUGUCUGGGACCAAAUAUCGGCUCUGGAUGGAUGGGUACCUCUUCCCUCUGUAACCCAUAUUCUAAAGCCUUAAAUCAGAACCUGCUAAGCACAGCAAAACCUUUCCCUGUGCCAUCUGUUGGUACAAACUGUGGAACUGAACCAUGGGAUUCAGGAAGGACAUCAGGAUUGGGGAGUGUCCGAGUGCCUGAGGAGUUGAAGCUUCCUCAUGCCUGCUGUGUCGGGAUCGCUUCCCAGACCCUCCUCAGUGUGCUCAACCCAACGGAUCGCUGGCUGCAAGUCAGCAUUGGGGUCCUCAGUGUUUGUGUUAAUGGUGAAAAGGUGGAUCUUUCAACACAUCGUUGUUUAGUUUUCAAGAAUAAAGUCAUCAUAAGACCUCAUGCCACAGAAGAGAUAAAAGUGCUUUUUAUACCAUCUGGUCCUGGGGUUUUCAGAUGCACAUUCAGUGUUGCUUCUUGGCCAUGUUCAACAGAUGCGGAGACCAUUGUACAGGCGGAAGCUUUGGCCAGCACCGUCACUCUCACUGCCAUUGCCGAGAGUCCUGUUAUCGAGGUAGAAACAGAAAAGAAAGAUGUUAUUGAUUUUGGUGACUUGACUUACGGAGGCUGGAAAGCCCUCCCACUAAAAUUAAUAAACCGGACGCAUGCCACUGUGCCAGUUAGACUGAUUAUUAAUGCUAAUGCCAUAGCCUGGCGCUGUUUCACGUUUUCCAAGGAACCUGUCCGAGUGCCUGCAGAGGUUGCUUCCUUCGCUGAUAUGGUUACUCGGCUAGCAGGCCCUUCUGUGGUCAACUACAUGAUGCCUGCUAGUUAUGAUGGACAGGAUCCAGAAUUUCUGAUGAUUUGGGUUCUUUUUCAUACUCCAAAGAAACAGAUCAGCUCUACAGAGAUUCUGGACUCAGCAGAAGAAUUCUCAGCAAAAGUUGAUAUAGAAGUUGACAGCCCAAACCCUACACCAGUUCUUAGAAGUGUGAGUCUCCGAGCAAGAGCAGGAAUAGCUAGGAUCCAUGCCCCCAGGGAUUUGCAGACGAUGCAUUUUUUGGCCAAAGUGGCUUCCUCAACAAAGCAGCACUUACCUUUGAAAAAUGCUGGGAACAUUGAAGUUCAUUUGGAUAUCAAGGUCCCAGAACAAGGAAGUCACUUUUCAGUGGAUCCUAAGAAUAUAUUCCUUAAACCUGGAGAAGAACAUGAGGUUAUUGUUUCAUUUACUCCAAAGGAUCCUGAAGCCUGUGAGGAAAGGAUCUUGAAAAUAUUUGUGCAGCCAUUUGGACCUCAGUAUGAAGUAGUGUUAAAAGGUGAAGUCGUUUCUUCAGAAAGUAAACCUCUGCCGCUUGGACAUUGCUUAGAUAUUCCAUCAAUUUUGUCCAACAAACAAUUUCUGGCGUGGGGAGGAGUCCCUCUUGGUAGAACACAGCUUCUGAAACUAGCUUUAAGAAAUAAUUCUGCAUCUACAAUUCAACAUUUACGACUGCUUAUUAAAGGACAAGAUCAGGACUGCUUUCAGCUUCAGAACACUUUUGGUUCAGAACAGCAAUUGACCAGUAACUAUGAGAUCAGAAUUCACCCAAAGGAAGACAUUUUCAUCUCUGUGUUAUUUGCACCUACUCGAUUAUCUUGCAUGUUGGCUAGACUGGAAAUCAAACAACUUGGAAAUCGAUCACAACCAGGCGUUAAGUUCACAAUACCUUUGUCUGGAUAUGGAGGAACAAGUAAUCUUAUUUUGGAAGGCGUUAAAAAAUUAUCUGACAGUUACAUGGUAACAGUGAAUGGCUUAGUACCUGGCAAAGAAAGUAAAAUCGUUUUUUCUGUCCGCAACACUGGCUCCCGAGCAGCUUUUGUUAAAGCAGUAGGUUUUAAGGAUUCUCAGAAAAAAGUUUUCCUGGAUCCUAAAAUAUUGAGGAUUUUUCCAGAUAAAUUUGUACUCAAGGAAAGAACACAAGAAGAUGUUACUUUAAUAUAUAAUCCAUCAGACAGAGAAAUCAAUAAUAAAACUGCAACAGAACUAUCAACUGUAUACUUAUUUGGUGGAGAUGAAAUUUCAAGACAGCAAUAUCGAAGGGCCCUGUUACAUAAGCCAGAGAUUAUAAAACAGAUACUUCCAGAACACAAUGUGCUUCAAAACAUUAAUUUUGCUGAAGCAUUUCAAGAUGAGCUAUUAAUAACUGAAGUAUAUGAUCUUCCCCAGCGGCCUAAUGAUGUUCAGCUUUUUUAUGGAAGCAUGUGUAAAAUUAUACUUUCAGUAAUUGGAGAAUUCAGGGAUUGCAUUUCUAGCAGAGAAUUCCUUCAGUCUUCUUCCAAAGCUAGCUUGGAAUCUACAAGCGACUUGGGAGCUUCUCGGAAACAUGGUGGCAACAUCUCUUUGGAUGUUUUACCAGUCAGAGGUCCUCAAGGUUCUCCUCUUCUCUCACAGGCGGCUCGCCCGCCUCCGAAUCAGCUGGCCUCUGAAGAGCCGUGGACUGUCCUCCCCGAGCACCUGAUUCUGGUAGCUCCUUCUCCUUGUGACAUGGCAAAAACUGGACGUUUCCAGAUUGCGAAUAACUCUGUGAGGUUAUUGAAAUUUGAGCUGUGCUGGCCAGCGCAUUGCCUCACAGUCACACCACAGCAUGGAUGUGUUGCACCAGAGAGUAAACUACAAAUUCUUGUGAGUCCUAAUUCCUCCUUAUCCACAAAACAAUCAGUGUUCCCGUGGAGUGGUUCGAUCUAUAUACACUGUGAUGAUGGACAGAAGAAAAUUGUAAAAGUUCAAAUUCGAGAAGAUUUAACUCAAGUAGAACUUUUAACUCGUUUGACCUCCAAACCAUUUGGAAUUCUUUCUCCAGUAUCUGAGCCUUCAAUUAGUCAUUUGGUCAAACCAAUGACAAAACCACCUUCCACAAAAGUUGAAAUAAGAAACAAGAGUAUUACUUUUCCUACAACAGAACCUGGUAAAACUUCAGAGAGCUGUCUGGAACUCCAGAAUCAUGGCACCGUAGACGUCAAAUGGCAUCUGUCAUCUUUAGCUCCGCCUUAUGUGAAGGGAGUUGAUGAAAGUGGAGAUGUUUUUAGAGCCACCUAUGCAGCAUUCAGAUGUUCCCCUAUUUCUGGUCUACUGGAAAGCCAUGGGAUACAAAAAGUCUCCAUCACAUUUUUGCCCAGAGGUAGAGGGGAUUAUGCCCAGUUUUGGGAUGUUGAAUGCCACCCUCUUAAGGAGCCUCACAUGAAACACACGUUGAGAUUCCAACUCUCUGGACAAAGCAUCGAAGCAGAAAAUGAGCCUGAAAACGCAUGCCUUUCCUCAGAUUCCCUCGUUAAAAUAGAUCAUUUAGUUAAGCCCCAAAGACAAGCUGUGUCAGAGGCUUCUGCUCGCAUACCUGAUCAAGAUUGGUCCUGUUCUGAUUUCUGUCGUCAUAGAUUCAUUUUCCUUGAACUUCAUAUAUACAUGCAGCUUGAUGUGACUGCUCGUGGAGUUUAUGCCCCAGAGGAUGUGUACAGGUUCCUGCCAACUAGUGUGGGGGAAUCACGGACACUCAAAGUCAAUCUGCGAAAUAAUUCUUUUAUUACACACUCACUGAAGUUUUUGAGUCCCAGAGAGCCAUUCUAUGUCAAACAUUCCAAGUACUCUUUGAGGUGUUUCAGUUGCCUGCUGAUAGGGCACCAGGAUCUGUGUGAUUUCCUAUACAGCGACCCACUGCGCCAGCUCAAACAUCGCUUCCCAGGAAUCUCCUGGUCUGGCUCACUGUCCAAGUCCCGUUUAAUCAGAUGGAUAUGCUAAUCUGCCCUCCCAAAUCUCAGAUUGCCGGUUUAACAGGGCACCCUGACCAGUGCGUUUUGUGCAGAGUGCCGCUGCACUGUGGCGCCAGCCGAAACAGCCAUGCCAGCCGAAACAGCUGCGCUGGUGUCCCGUGUCUCUCCUACACCUGGGAAUCUCCCCGUUCUGUGGGCAACAAAGAUCCGUCUGGAAAUGCGGCUUGCAAUCACCCUCUGUGUCUUCACUGAGAACUACAAUCCUGAGUUGCUCCUACCGUGCCAUCUUCUUUUUCCUCCCAGCAGUAGUUUUAAUAGCAGCAGCUCAUUGUUAAUUUGUUAAAGUAUGAGUAAGAAAAUCAUGUGUAAAUCACUAAUUCUGUGAUCUUUUUAACCAAAUGAACUAAACUCUGGGUUACAGGAAACUUUGUAAGUAAAUUUUACACAAAGAAAGGUGGAAACAGGGGCUCCUUUGUAACAGAGAAUGACCUGUGUUGACCUUGGAUAAGUAGCAGGACAGUAGAGGCAGAUGCUACAGGAACCCCAAUGACAGUUCUUACCACAGAACUAAAGUCAUAGGCACUCAUGGCAUUGUGUGCUAUUGUAUUUGUCCCAAACAUGAGACACUGUGCCUUUAGACAAAGGCUCACAAAACAUAAUUGCCAGAUGAGAACAACAGUUAGCUUGCCUUGGCAGUGGAACAAAAUCUAUGCCUUUAAAGCCCUGAGAAGCAAUUCCCAGCCUUUAGUUAAUCACAUUUUUCAUUUGUUAGAUCACUGUCUGCUUUAUGACAUCAUUAACUAAACAUUUCCAAAGUAAUAAUAGGAUUGUAGUUAUCCGUAGGGUACAUGAGAUAAUUACUUACAAAUACGCACUUUUUCCGAGGCUACCAGGAGGCCUGGUGGGGCUGCUCUCUGUAAGCUCUGGCACUAGCACAGGAAAGUGGCUAUGCCUAUAGGCUGUAAACUGCAGGUUAAGGAGGCAGAAGAGUUCCCCCAAGAAGGUACAGGGGUUUUGCCUAGUGCAGAGGUGGGUGAACAUAGAUUGUAAGUAAUGUAAUAGGGAAAAGGAAACAUUGCUAACAGGUUUUUUUUGUAAAGGUUCUUUUUUGAGGGUUCUGAGUGAUUAUCUCUUUCUUAUAUCUUUUUAAAAAUAAUUUAUGUUUCUACUUAGUCCCAAAAAGCAUCUUUCUCUUAACCUAUUGUUUUAUGCACAUCUAAUCCCAGCUGAGGUGUGUGGCUAACAGGUUUCAUCUCAACUGUGCCCUCAUGUCCUCACACAGUGCAAGCUGCACAAUCCUGGCAGAUCCUGCAUGUAAUUUGGGAGAGAAAGACAAUUCCUAGAAAAGUGACAAGCCAAGGAACAGAGUUAUCAUUGAGCUUUUCAUCCAUGUGUGGGAACCAAAUUUCAUUACCUUUUUGAGUUUCUUUGUUAAUGGUGGUACCUUGUAUGUGCUAGUGUACUGGCUUUUUUUCUGUAGGAAGUAUUCCUUUAACAAAAUGUUUUGGGCCAGGCAUGGUGGCUCACACCCAUAAUCCCAACACUUUGGAGACCGAGGUAGGUGGAUCACCUGAGUUCAGGAGUUCAACAGCCUAGCCAACAUGGUGAAACCCUGCCUCUACUAAAAAUACAAAAAGUAGGCUGGGCACACUGGCUCACGCCUAUAAUCCCAGGACAUUGGGAGGCCAAGCCGGGCGGGUCACAAGGUCAGGAGAUCGAGACCAUCCUGGCCAACAUGGUGAAACCCUCUCUCUACUAAAAAUACAAAAAUUAGCUGGGCAUGGUGGCGCAUGCCUUUAGUCUCAGCUCUUUAGCUGAGGCAGGAGAAUCACUUGAACCUGGUAGGUGGAGGUUGCAGUGAGCCAAGUUUGUGCCACUGCACUCCAGCCUGGGUGACAGAGCCAGAAUCUAUUUUUUUUUUUUUUUUUUUAAAAAAGGAGUGUUUUGAAAGAGGAAGUAUGGUUGCUAGAAUAUGUGGGUUCCACUAAGCCCUUUCCAUGUAGAUGGGGCCUGUGGGGAAUUGGGAGCUAAGCAUGCAUAACCCGAUGGCCUCUCUGCUCCCUGGAUGCAUUUCUGUUCUGUGUGCCUUUGCAGUCAAAUCCAUCAUUAGCAAGAGAGAGGAUCUGAACUAGACCUCCCCACUGGGCUCAGAGGACUUAUCACAAUACACUUUUACAUUUUUAGCUGAAUAUAGAACAAUUGUAUAUUCUGUGAUGAAAUUUGUUAAUAAUGAGUUCUUCCAGAGAUUUGUUUUGGGAUAUUUUAUUAUUUUUAGUAAUUCAUAAGUUAUAAUGCCUCCUAAAUAGGCAGGUUGUACCAUAUUUAUCCAAGUAUUGACCUGCCAACAUGAAAGAGAAAAUUGUAGCUAGUGCCAUGGGCCAGAUUUGGUUUUUUUUUUUUUUUUAAGUAUAUUAUCUUUGACAUGGUAAAACAAGUAUAAUGGCAUUUGGGGAAAAUAACGCAGACUUUAAAUACAAAUAUAUAAUGAGAUACACAUAAACACCUUUGGUCUAUGUAGAUAUAUUUAAGAACAUAUGUUAUUUGUGUUAUCAGUUAUAUACAGGAAAAGGGCUUUUAAGUACUGUAGCUGUUUUCUAAACCUCGUGCCUGGUGUACUCUUGUGCACCCAAGAGCCUAUGCUGCUGGGUUUUUCAGGACAGAUGCUGGAAACUAAAACAUAACAUCACUCUGGUUGCCAGUCUUUAAAACACAGAACUCUGAGAUGAGACUGAGGGGUGAAGUACCUUCCCUGUGAGCUCAACACUUUCACUUAAAAAUGGCUAAGCCUAGAGGUUGAUGACAUCACAUGGACUGUAUGUAAUGUGUAUGUAGCCUUAUUCACCACUGUACUGCAGGCGUAUUUUGAAGCUCUUAGAACAUAGUUUUAGGGACAAAACAACCGUCCCCCCCCCCCGAAUAUUAUUUUUAACCGUAGGGCACUCAUUACCUGCCUCUCUAUACUGUAAUUUGAAUGUAAAGUUUCUACAGGAUUUUUGAUGAGAGUUUUGGGCCAGGUGUGGUGGUUCAUGCCUGUAAUUCCAGUACUUUGGGAGGCCAAGGGGGCGUAGAUCACUUUAGGCCAGGAGUUUGAGACUAGCCUGGACGACAUGGUGAAACCCCGUCUCUACUAAAAAUAUAAACAUUAGCUGGGUGCGGUGGCGGGCGCCUAUAAUCCCACUACUUGGGAGCCUGAGGCAGGAGAAUCGCUUGAACCCGGGAGGCAGAGGGUGCAGUGAGCCAAGAUCAUGCCAUUGCACUCCAGCCUGGGUGACAAGAGUGAAACUCCAUCUCAAAAAAAACAAAAAAAGUUUCAUAUGAAUUUUACAGCAAAAUCUGCACAGCCCAUUAAUGAUAGGAUUGGGACAAGUUGUUUUAAUCUUUCCAGUACAGUAUGCUGUCUGAGUAAAACAAGGGCAUUUCCCCUUUCUUAGGUAGAUAGCUUUUGCAAGCAGAAUACAAAGCUGUAUGUAUGAUAGUUUAGACCUCUUAUUUCCUUUUUACAUAUUAAUAGUUACUGAAUAGCCAGGAAUGUAUAUGUAUGUAAUACUGUUGUAAUCCAGUUUUAUAUUUUUCUCUCCUUUGUGUCAUUUUCUCAUUAAAUAAUAGCAUCAAAGAAAGUAUAAAUACAUUUAAGCUGAAUAUGACUUGACCAAGCUCUUUCGUCAACACCUAAGCCAGGCCUUGUGCUACCUGGGACGGGGUUGCUGGUGCUGCCACGACAUGCACCUGUCAUGUGCUUCUCUCU